CCGCUCCUCCCCACUCCCGCCCCCGGCCCGAUCACUGGCCGUCGUGCUGGGCGGACCCCGGGACCGGUCCCCACCCCUGCUCCGCCCCCUCCGGGUAGGAAACUCCGAGGAGUGAUUCACGCGUGAUUCAACCGCGCCACCGAGCGCGGUGCUGCCCUUCGGUCCGGCGGCUCCAGGUGCUGCGGGGAACCGGGUCCCCCGGCCCCCAGCGCUCCCCGCCCGGUCCCCGGGUCGCCCAGGCCGGCGACCCCGACGUCCGGCCUGAGUGGGCAGGUCUUGGGGCUGAAAGCGGGGGCGCUUUGGAAGCAGUUCUCGAGGUGGAGGGAAAGGAUUCUUCUCUACCGUUUGGAGACCCAGUGCUGUCCCGGCCGGUGGGAGCGGCAGCAUUGACGGGGUCUGACGGCAGGUCAGUGGGAGGUGCUGUUCCGGGAGGAAGAGAACUUGAGAGGGAACGGCUCAGAAGGUGAAGCACAGAGCAUUUUCUGCGACUCUCCUACGUGCCUGUAAGACUCUUCUGUGAAAACUCACUGGGUUCUCCCUUCACCUAAAAGCUCCUGAAACCUCCAUUCUUCAAAGUGUUCUUCAUCAAGAAGGGAUGUUCACAGAAACUAUAAUCCUUAGAAGAAGGAGGACUUCAGACACUGAAGGGGAGAAGAGCGUUUUCCUGGCAAGAGCAGAGUGUUUCAGGAGGAGGUGACGACAGGCAUGGAGAUUGGAAAGAGAGGUGCUGGGCCAAAGGAGAAGAAGCUUCUGGUCCAACAGAGACAAGAAUUUGGAUUGAUGGAGCCUAACAGCAUGAGGAUGCUUCCUUGGGAACCUUGACAACAUAUUGUGAGGAGGCCCGUGCCACACGGAGAAGCUGACAUGGAGAGGAACUCAGCCCUCCCGCCAGCAGGCAGUUCCAAUUUGCCAGGCAUGUCUGACUUUUCUCCUGCACUGCCUCCUUCCUGCCUGGGGCAACCGGGGACUCAGCCUCUGCCCUGUGAGAGAAGAGAGAGGAGAUUCACCUGGUGAAUUCCUUGUGGCCCAAGUGCAAGAGGCUGGAAGGACCUCCUCUAGAGAAGCACUGCACAGGAGACGCAUCGGCAGAGCGAGGCGCUAAUUAGGACGCGCGCAGGAUCCUGGCUGAGCCGGCUGCGCUGGAGCGGCCGCGGACUCCGCGCUUCGGUCGGCGAGAUGGGCAUCCCGGGAACCACCACCGCGCAGGUGGUGGACGCCGAGGGCCUGGGAACACGGCGGCCCUCCCGCUGACAGGUGACUGCCCCGGGCGGGCCCGGAGCCGCUCCGGUGACGCCGAGGGCCAAGCUCGAGGCUCGCGGAGGCGGCCGCGGGGCGGCGCUGCGCCCCUUCCGGCCGCUGGGCCUUCUGGCCGCAGGCUCCUCUGCCGCGGGGCGCUUCGUGGGCUCCCAGUCUUCGGCCCGGCGCCGCGGCACAGGAUGCAGUGUCCCGGCGCCGAGUACCUGGUUUCUGCAGAGAGAACCCCCCGGAAAAGAGAGUGGAGACCUCAGAUUUAUAGGAAGUGCACAGAUACGACAUGGCUAUUCCUCUUCUUUCUCUUUUGGACUGGUUUGCUGUUCAUCAUGGGCUACUCGAUGGUGGCGGGAGCCACGGGAAGACUCCUCUUUGGCUAUGACAGCUUUGGCAACGUGUGUGGCAAGAAGAACUCCCCUGUAGAAGGGGCCCCUCUUUCAGGGCAGGACAUGACCCUGAAAAGACACGUAUUCUUUAUGAAUUCCUGCAACCCGGAAGUCAAGGACGUGAGGCUCAGUUCCACCAUCCUGUGCGUGUCGAGCUGCCCUGAAGAGCAGCUUGAUACCCUGGAAGAGGUCCAGCUCUUUGCAGACAAGAAUGGGUCCUUCCUGUGUGUUUACAGUUUGAAUUCCAUCAACUACACCCAGAAUCCAAAUGCAGACUCAUUGUGUCCCAGGCUGCCGGUUCCUCCGAGCAAGUCUUUCCCCUUGUUUAACAGAUGCGUCCCUCAAACACCCGAGUGCUAUUCCUUGUUUGCAUCUGUUUUGAUAAAUGAUGUUGACACCCUCCAUCAAAUUCUAAGUGGAAUAAUGUCAGGAAGAGACACAAUCCUUGGUCUGUGUAUCCUCGCAUUAGCCUUGUCUUUGGCCAUGAUGUUCACCUUCUGGUUCAUCACCACCCUUCUGGUUCACAUUUUCAUUGCACUGACUAUUUCGGGACUGCUGUUUGUCUGUGGUGUCUUAUGGUGGCUGUAUUACGACUAUACCCAUGACCUCAGCAUAGAAUUGGACACAGAAAGGGAAAAUAUGAAGUGUUUGCUGGGGUUUGCUCUUGUAUCUACAGUAAUCACGGCAGUUCUGCUCAGCUUGAUUUUUGUCUUCAGAAAGAGAAUAAAAUUGACAGUCGAACUUUUCCAAGUCAUAAAUAAAGCCAUCAGCAACUCUCCAUUCCUGCUGUUCCAACCACUAUGGACUUUCGCCAUCCUCAUUUUCUUCUGGGUCCUCUGGGUGGCCGUGCUGCUGAGCCUGGGAACUGCAGGAGCUGCACAGGUUAUUGAAGGUGGCCAAGUGGAAUAUAAGCCUAUUUUAGGCAUUCGGUAUAUGUGGUGGUACCAUUUGAUUGGCCUCAUCUGGACCAGCGAAUUCAUCCUUGCGUGCCAGCAAAUGACUGUAGCCGGCGCACUUGUUACUUGCUAUUUCAACAGAAAUAAAAAUGACCCUCCUGAUCGCCCAAUCCUUUGGUCUCUCUCCACUCUUUUCUGCUACCAUCAAGGAACAGCCAUAAAAGGGUCAUUUUUAAUCACUGUGGCAAGGAUUCCAAGAACCAUUCUCAAGUACAUUUACAACACUCUGAAAGACAAGCAUAAUGCAUGGUCGACGUACAUGUUCAGAUGCUGCUUCUGCUGUUUCUGGUGUCUUGACAAAUGCCUGUGCCAUCUCAACCAGAAUGCGUAUGCUGCAACUGCCAUUAAUGGGACAGAUUUUUGUACAUCAGCAAAAGAUGCGCUCAAACUCUUAUCCAAGAAUUCAAGUCAUUUCACAUCUGUUAACUGCUUUGGAGACUUCAUAAUUUUUCUAGGAAAGGUGUUGGUGAUGUGUCUCACUGUUUUUGGAGGACUGAUGGCAUUUAACUACAACCGUGCCCUCCAGGUGUGGGCAGUCCCUCUGCUGCUGGUUGCUUUUUUUGCCUACUUUGUAGCCCAUAGUUUCUUAUCUGUGUUUGAAACUGUGCUGGAUGCACUCUUCCUGUGUUUUGCUGCUGAUCUGGAAACAAAUGAUGGAUCGUCGGAAAAGCCCUACUUUAUGGACCAAGAGUUUUUGAGUUUUGUAAAAAGGAUCAACAAGUUAAAAGACACGAGAGCACAGGGGGAGGAGAACUCACUAAGGAACGAGGAGGGAACAGAACUCCAACCCGUUGUGUGAUAGGUGCCCAUUAGAGUGUUGCCCCUGGAAAGUGUCCUUCUUCUAAGAGCCAUUCACAGAAUAAAUGGUAAGGCCGAAAGACCCUA